GUAGGUUAAACAUCAGACAGUCAACAGUCAGCUUUUGCGGAAGAGGGGGGCGUUGUCGCAUCACAGUAGGCGGUUCUGAAAACAACGUGCUGUGUGUGUACAAAGACUGAAGUCGCGUCAUUGCCAAAGCCUACACGAGAACUAAUCGAGGCAACUAAGAAAAAAGAGCUCGGCAUCUUCAGCAGAGAGGCACGUUUACACCUUUGACAGAAAGUUGGCAAAGGCUGUAUCUGACCAAGACGGGUUGAAGACCUAAGUGAAAGUCUACAAAGGGAUUUUGACAUGCUCUGGCCGAAAUCGCCGAAGGAGAAGCCGUGUUACCCCCAGCCCACUGUGAAGAAACUCCUGGAGCAGAAGCGGAAGCGAGAGACCUCCUCGGCGUCACCGACGUGCUCCCUGGUGCCAACCAGUGUGGCCUCCAGCACAGCCAUCUCAACCCUGGCACCAGCCGAACACUCCCCAACAGCCACUACCAGCAGUUUCUCAAAUAUGGGGGCAGUUGGUUGUGACACGUGGGACCCCCCCAUGCACUUACCCACCACACCGCUGCAUCAUGGCAGCUCCUUGUCCCCUAUGGGGAUGAACUACUUAUCCGGCCUCACUACAAGUACCGUGUACAACCAGCACCCGGCAACCAGCUACACUCAACAGCCAGUGCAGGACUGCACCACCUCUAUGCUGACGCAGCAGUUUGUAAGUACAACAGGUUUGGUUUUCCGUACAUAGGUGAAAGAGUCCUUCUGCAGAAGUGAUUCAUACAACCUUAACUUACGUAGUUGAAUAUAACUUUGCAUUGAGUAACUAGGGACAGAUAUUGAACACUUGAUUUGAAACGGUUCACAGCCAAAGUCUAUUAUCUCAAAAGUGAAUUAUUAUUAAUUGUAUUAAUAUAAUUCAUUAAUACAUUAUUAAUUAUUAUGAACUGCUAUGUUUUCCCUUGAAGCCUGAAUGCCAGGUCACUAUGGCCUCCACUAGCAUGGUUCACACUGACCCAGUGGCCUGGGUGACAGGCCCCAGGCAGCAGAGCUGUGCUGCGGCCGCCCCCACCCCAGUCUCCUCCACUGUCUCUGGUCUGGAGGGCUACGGCAGACAGCUGGAUGGGAGGACCCUGGAGGAGGCACGCAGCUUCAUCCAGAGGAUGGACUACAGCACUACCACAUGGCAGGAUGAUGAUGAUGACACGAUUCUACAUAUCUAUACAGCAAAAGGCCUGAGGGAAUAUGCUUAUGCUGCUGCUGAAAAACUCAAAGAGCUCGGGAAGCUGGACUCCAAGGAACACAAGGGGAAGACCGCCCUGCUGGUUGCUGUUGCUGCCAACCAGCCUGACAUUGUCCAGGAUCUGAUCUCUCUUGGUGCUGAUGUUGGUGUGUGUGAUGUCAAAGGUCAAACAGCCCUGCACCUCGCUGCUACUUAUGGCUUCCCGAGAGUCAUGCAGAUAAUCCUCUUCAUGGGAUUGCAAGUUAACUUGGAGGCUCGGAAUUUUGAAGGGCUGACUCCGCUCCACUGUGCCGCGAUCUCCCACAGUGCCACCAUGAAGGCCGUGGCCUUCCCCUCCUCUAAUCCCGCGGCUUGGCUGGGAGAGAGAAACGACAAGUUUUUGUGUCUGGAUCUCCUGCUGAAUGCUGGGGCGUCCUUACUGAGUCAAGAAAUCAAAAGUAAUAAGACGCUUCUUCAUCUUGCUGUAAAAGAGGGAAACGUGCAUCUGGUGCGUUACUUGCUGAGUAUCCGCCCAGAUGAAAUGCAGGCCAUUAUUAAUAUGAAGGCCCACGGCCACACUGCCCUCCACAUGGCAGCUGGUCUGCAUGGCAGCCCCUACCAGGAGGAGCUGAUCCGCCUCCUGCUGCAACAUGGCGCCGACCCCAGCACCCGCAACCUGGAGAACGACCAGCCAGCGCACCUGCUGCAGAGCGGAGACACUGGCGAUAAGCUUAAGCUCAUUCUGAAGAGAAGGGGCACUUCCUCUAGACGCCGCAUCACUUCCUUACAGGACCAAGACUGACCUGGACUCCUUUUCUAGUCCCAGCGUAUCCUUCCCCUACUUCCAUUAAAUUACACUGGGGGCAUUGAUUGGACAUUACUGCAAAUGGCUCCCAGCCACUCCCCAACACAGGGGAAAUUAUGGGAUAGUUUUAAAAAACAAUGAA